GAAAAGUGGAGGACGUUCGAACUCAACUGAAAUGUGCAAAGAGCUGUCAUGUGGUUACAAAGCCUUCCUUGCAGUGACUGGGAUUUUGAAGAUCAAUUAUUGCAAUGUAUUUCAGUUUCUGGUAGCUUAUUUUGCACAAGGACAAUUUUAACUAAUUUAUGGAGAAUACUUUACACCUUGGACCAAUGGUAUUAGGAGAUGUGCUGAUACACUGAUAACACACUUUACAUGUACCUCUGUGAAAUACCACUCUGCUGACUGUUAUUGGAGCUGCUAUAUUGCAUACAGAACUGACAGGAUGGUGUUGUCAGAUGCCAGUGGAGGAGACAUGGGUUGGAGGAAGUGGCUGAUAGCAGCCUGGGCGUUCAUGGAGUGCCUCCUGUUUGGAGGACUCAUGUAUGGAUGGAGCUCCAUCGUGUUUGUGCUCAAAGAUGAGGGGAUCUACGCAGACCUGUGUCCUUCUCAGUCUAGCAUCCAAUCAAAUGCCACAGUGCCUACAUUGAUUGUGGACUUGAAUUCAACUGUUGUUAUAGGAAACAAUACUGAGUAUGGUAUCACCAGUGGUAACAGUACCUUAGAGCAAAGAAGCAAGGAGUGCAAGCCUCAGGACAGCAACAUGACUCUGUGCUUCACCAUUGGGUCUGCUCUGUUCUGCGCUGGCUGCGCAGUGUUGGGGCACGUCAGCUACAAAUUUGGAACCAGAGUUACUAGGCUUAUUUCUUUUGUUAUGUUUAUAGCUGGUGCUCUUUUGAUGGCAUUCAUAAACAAAGAUGCUCCCUGGUUGAUGUUCCCCGGCCUGUCUCUACUGGGUAUGGGAGGCAUCCCAUUACUGGUGACCAACACCCAGGUCUCCAACCUGUUCCUAGUAGGAAGCUCCACUGUAGUGGGCCUUCUGUGUGGGGGAUUUGACAUGUCCUCGGCUGUCAUGCUUAUAGUCAAGCUAGCCUAUGCUGGUGGCUUUGCAAGACGUGACAUGUUCCUGAUCAUUGCUGGCCUCCACCUGCUGACCCUUGUGAGCACGUUUUUCUUCCUGCCCAAGGACUUUAUUCCAAGGGCACAAACAAAGGCUCAAAGCCCUGAUGCGGUAGACGAGACAGAGGUGUCUGUGGAACUUCUCAGCGAUAAAAAAGCAAUAAAUGCUGCUGAAGAAAGUGCCCCUAGCAAGCCCAGCCUGCGUAGCUGCCUGUGUAAGCCUGUGUUCAUCACCCACGUUAUUUGGCUUUGUCUACUUCAACUGCGGUUCUUCUUCUUCAUUGGCACUCUCAACCAGUACCUUAACCGUCUCUUCAAGGAGGAUGCACAGCAAGUAAGCUACUUCACGAACAUGUGUUUCACCAUCAUGAUGGGUGGUCUCGUCACGUCUCCUCUUGCAGGCGUGGUGUAUGACAUCGUACGACGCUGGUGUCAAGAUGGUAAAUCCUCUGCCUAUAAAGAGGUUUUCCCCGCUGCUAUCCCGCAGGCUGUAGGCAGUUUGUUGGCGCUGCUACUGUCAGUCCUGGUGCUGCUGCCCUCGACCCAGGUCCUGUACCUGACCUUCAUCAUCAUGACAGUGUUCCGGUCCUUCUUGUUCAGCAUGGCAGCAGCCUUCCUUAGUGUUGUGUUUCCAAGCGAGUAUUUCGGUCUACUGUAUGGCGUGAUGAUAGUGUCUGGUGGUAUAUUUAGCUUUUUACAGUUUGCUUUCUUCACCUGGGCAGAGCAGUAUCCAGAGGCACCGCUACAUGCUAACAUCCUGCUGUUGAUACUGGUUUGUAUUUCAUUCUUCCAUCCCUUGUACCUCUGGAUCACCUGCUCAAGGGAGGAGAAAAAGUUCAAGGUCAACUGAGGGGCAAGGUUGAAAUUUAAAGAUAAUUUUACUGUAUGAAAAUAAUCUUAAAUUUGAUUCUGUAUGGUAAAUGUGCUUACUUUACAAAUUCAGUAUUUAGUAAAUUUUUCUGUUGUCAUUUCAUAUAAAGCCUACAUGAUUAUUGCCAAAGUGUAUGUUUUUAAUACCAGUUUGUUAUCAUGUUUUUUUGUAUCAAUUGUAGAUUGAUAUUAUGUUUUUAACCUAUACAUGAAACUGAUAUUAUAUUCUUAUUAUCUUAUAAUCAUAUAGUAUUCUAAGUAUGUUGUUAAGAUUGUUAAUGAGUUAUUAGAGAUACAUAUUUUUUGUACUUUUGAAAAAUUUCAGUACAUAAUAUAAAGUAUUUACUUAUGAAUCAGUAAUAUUUGGAAUCUACAUUAUUUUCAGUAUCAAACGAGAGUUAAAUACAAAUGUUUUCCUUCUCAGUGGUUUUAAAUCUGGGUCCUUAGGGAGUAAAAUCUAACUUAUUGCCACUUUGCUUGCUAAAGGCUAAAGAUUUUUUUAUUGUUUUUUAAAUGCUAUCUAAGUAAUACACAUGCUUAUUUGUUUCCAAGGAACAAUGCUCUGUUAUAAGUAGGGUAAGCUUUGAAUAAAUUCCUUGUUUUCGUUCUGCAUCAGUUAUAGUGAACGUGCCAUAUAUUGUUAAGCUAUCUUGCUUGGUAAAGCCAUAUCUCACUGUUUUGUUGUACUAUGAUAGUUGUAGUAGUUGUAUAGGAUGUUUGAUAUUUAGUAGAUUUUAUAUAUUUCAUUAUAUCAAUUUAGCUUUAAAAUUUGAAAGUGCCAUUCAUUAUUUUACUUUUAUUUUAUUUAGUAUGUUUAAUUCUAAGUAUAAUUUCAAAAAAAAUGUUAGGAUGACAGCUGUAUUAUAAUUUUAUAUGGUUGAGAAUUAUUCGAAUCAACUUUAAUACACUUAUAUUGUCUUACCUUGCUUUUGUUGUGUACAAUUGUUAUAUAGUACAACAUUUAUCAAGCUAUA